UGAAUGGAGAAUUACAGAAUACAGAAUCGAGGGAAAGCCAGGGACGGAAAGGCAAUGAGAUGAGGAGGAGGAAGACUAUAGUUGAGCAUAAGAGAAAAUGAGCAGAAUGGGUGAGGGAGGAGUCAUUCCCAGAGGUAGAGAGGAUGGAAAAGGCACAGAGGAAGGGCAAAAUAUUAAAACCAGAGAAUCAAAUGCUGGGUGCUAGAGAACUGCUGUAAGGAGUGGUGACAGACAUUCAUGAGCUCCCACCUAAAUCAAUGCACAACCUACAUUGACCUUGGCACACACACAAGGCAAAAAGAAUUGCACUAAAGUCAUUUCACCUCUCUGCCAGCUGGAUGAAACUUGUACUUCUGCUCCCACUCCUAAUACUCUCACAGAACGUUGCCAGCCAGGUGCUGGAGAGAACGGUGGAAGAAUGGAUGAGAUACAGGGAUGAAUGUUACAGAAGGAUGUCCAGCACUCCUCACCCUUCAGGGCUGCAUUGUAAUCGUACGUUUGAUAUGUACGCCUGCUGGCCAGAUGGCAUCCCAGGAACCAUCACUUAUGUACCAUGCCCCUUCUACCUCCCCUGGUUCCAGAAAGUUAGCCAUGGGCAACUCUCACGAGGCUGUGGGCUGGAUGGGCUCUGGGUAAAGGGGAACAGAUCACAGCCCUGGAGGAAUGCAUCACAAUGUGAAGAUGAUACGGAGGUGACUGCAGAAGAGGUAGAGACACGGGAUCUGUUGCUAAGUUUCAGGGCACUGUACACUGUGGGUUACUCUGUCUCCCUGCUGACACUUAUCUCAGCCCUAUUGAUUCUCACCAUAUGCAGAAAACUGCGCUGCACCAGGAAUAGCAUCCAUGCCAACUUAUUUGCGUCCUUUGCUCUUCGUGGGGUCUCUGUCAUUGUUAAGGAUGUUCUUCUUGAAAAGAGAUGGGGCAUGCAGAUCAUGGAAGUCUCAGACUGGCAAGUCCUCAUCAGCGACCAAGCUGCGAUUGGCUGUCGCAUUGCACAGGUUGUUAUGCAGUACUGUAUCCUGGCCAAUCACUAUUGGUUUGUGGUGGAAGCAGUGUACCUAUACAAGUUGCUGAUUGGAGCAGUGUUCUCAGAGAAGAACUAUUACACGUUAUACUUGUAUUUGGGAUGGGGGACUCCAGUCCUGUUUGUGGUUCCUUGGGUGACCUUAAAAUUCAUAAAAGAGAACUCAGAGUGCUGGGCAUUGAAUGAGAACAUGGCAUAUUGGUGGAUAAUCCGAAUACCCAUUCUGCUGGCCUCACUGAUAAACCUUGUCAUUUUCAUGAGAAUUUUGAAGGUGAUAUUGUCCAAGUUGCGAGCCAAUCAGAAAGGAUACGCAGACUACAAGCUCAGGUUGGCUAAGGCCACACUGACGCUGAUCCCACUUUUUGGAAUUCAUGAGGUUGUGUUUAUCUUUGCCACAGAUGAACAAACGUCGGGAAUCCUUCGCUACAUCAAGGUCUUCUUUAACCUCUUUCUCAACUCCUUCCAGGGCUUCCUUGUAGCCGUGCUCUAUUGCUUUGCUAAUAAAGAGGUGAAGUCAGAAAUUCACAAGAAAUGGAGGCUUUGGCAGGCAGACAGGAAAGCUCUCGUUUGCCCUCGAUGACUUCAGUCCCUAUACAGGCGCAGGAGACUUGCCAAAUCCAAAUAAAACGCCGCAGUAGAGAAGGGUUGUCCGGCUGUCUGUGGUGCAACACAAGGGACAGUCAUUUUGUAUAUAGUGCCUAACACCAGGGAGUUGCAAUAAACAUAAAAC